AUGGCCAGCCUAAGAGAGAUCAUGAAUGCCGAUGAAGACAGCCCGGACUCGGAUUCCAUAAAAAGGGGCCAUCGCGCGGUGCAGGGGACUUUGGCAACAACCACCGACCCAUUGCCUUCGACAUCGACCUACGCCUCUCCCACCGGCACAUCCUUUGACAUCUUGUCUGCGCAAAGAACCCAGACGAAGAGCCCUUCAGGACCGUUGCCUCGACCGUCUGCGCCCAAGGCAGUAUCAUCGUCUCCCGUGUCGUCUGUGACGGGAAGUAGAAGCGGCAGCACCCACAGCUCCAGCAAACACCCAAUGGAUCCGUCAUACUAUGGCCAUGGCCACGGCUACAUGCAAGGCUCAGUUGAGACAGCUGCGGCACCCUCCAGGUCCUACGUGGAAAGUUCGGGCACCGAGGCCCCCGUGAAACUGACCCCCAUUACUGGAAGAGUCAGUCGGGCCAAAAAGGGGGUCCCUGUGCACAUUUGUGACAUUUGUCAAAAAACUUUCACCCGGGCUGAGCACUUGAGGAGACACAAGCUCAGUCACUUACCCCCAGACAUUGCGUGUACUGUGCCCGGCUGCGACAAGGUGUUUCAUCGCCGAGACUUAUUUGAACGUCACCAGCAACGACAGUAUGAGUCUUCAACUCCUCGUGCGCAAGUGGACACGGCUGACUUCCCAUCUACCCGCAGUGAGCAAGAAAUCAAGAUGGCUGGUGACUCCCUUCCAGGCCCGAACGCCAAUGCCCCCUCGAGAGGCGGCAGCUACCUGUCACCAAACACCGCAUCGCAUAGCUACCCACCUGUCACGUCCACUAUGGGCGGCUCGAUGCCAGGGUACGCUGAUGUGGCCAUGGCUGAGGCCCCAUGGGAUUCCAUGGGGGGUUCCGAUCUGUAUCCGAGCGCCAGCGGGCUUCGACCCGCUCCAGGGGAUGCUGCCAAUCACUACAGGAUGAGCCCAAUGUACCCAGGUGCCUAUCCGUCGGUCAGCAACCACUGGGCAGGCUCGGAUGUCUCGCCAGCGACGUCUGGCAGCAGCAGCAGCAGCAGCGGUGUCGUGGCCGAUCCUGCACUGCUGCAGACAUCAGGCCUCGGCGCAUCCUGGACUGACCCUGUUGGACCGAACCCUGCCCUGGGAUCCCCAAGCUACUACGCGUACACGACGUCGCCGCCGCAGGUCAGCUCGAGCACGGCCUACGACACAGCCAUGGGCUUGGUCGUGCCCGACUACAACGAGGGUGGCGCCGUGCACUCGCCUGAUGCUCUUUUGCACAACACUGUUCGUGAACCAUCCCCACCACUGGCUGUGGCUCAAUCAUCUGAGACUUUAGUCACCAUGCCGGCCGCGGUCCCGACGACGGCGCGAGUAACAGGCGGCCAGGGCACCGACGCCCCGGGCCUAGCGAUGCCGUCUGCGCCGGUAGCGCCCACGAAGCUCGGGGAGGAGGUCCUUGGGGCGAUUCCCACAUAUCUCGAGGUGUACUGGGACACGAUACAUCCUUUGUACCCCUUUAUCCACAGGCAUACGCUGGAGGAGAAGCUGGGCCAGCCUCCCGAGCAUCUCGAUCUUCUGCGACGCGCGAUGGCUGCCGUCGCCACCCAGUUCCUCCAAGACAAGACUCAUCGCAUCAACGGAAGUUCUCUGCAAGCAUCGGCUUGGCACGGGUCAAAGGUGUAUACGGAAGCGGAGGAAUGGCCAUUACCUAUCAUGCAGACCAUCUUGCUGUGUGAAUACUACUCGAGAUUCAGGGGGCGGAAGAAACAGUCGCACCGGCCAUCGUUACGCUUCGCAAGGCUGUAUCAAAUGGUUGUCGAUGGCCAGCAGGCAACCGUACCGACUGCGAUUCGGGUGAACAGCCUCUCGUCUUGGUAUCACUGGAUCGAUAUGGAGUCCCGUCGACGACUACUCGACGUUUGCUUCCUGUUAGACGUCCACAGCAUGUGCUACUACGAGCAGCCCGGUCUCCGACUUGCCGGUCUUGACUACAGCAACCCGUACAAGCUGCCAAUACCACUGUCUGCGAGCUCGGUGAGACUCUGGGAGGCCACGGAGCGUCACGCGUGGAGCCAUCUGGUGCCCUCCGCCGCGCCCUUGCAAACGAUAGCCACGGCACUGUCAGUAUCGAUCACGGCGGAGGACAUUGCCGCCAUGCCUCAAUUCGACGCGGCCAUCCUGCUGUGUGCCUAUCUGCUUGCCCUACCGAAGCGAAAGGAGCUCACCCAAGUGAGCACGACGGGUGACCUCAAGCUGACUGGGGCGCCCUAUCUGCUGGCGACCAUCUUCCCGACGUCGCACGUCGCCAACACAUAUCUCGCGCUGCACUAUACGCCACUGCACAUCCUGCUGUCGGUGUCGGGCGAGAGUUGGGUAUUUAACAAGAAGAUUGUGAAGCCGACACUCUUCUUGGAGAAUCGGCGGACGCUGGAGGCCUGGCGCCAAUCCAGCGACGGCACAAUGGCCGUGAGUUUUGCCGCGCGUGCCAUCGGCGCCUAUCUCCAGGUGGAUGACCCGCAGAGCGUGGCCGAGGCUGAAUCGUUCGUCGAGCGCAGGCGCGGGUCGCCCUGGAACGACCUGUCCGACUUCUGGGGCCUCUACGUGUGCACGCUCAUCUGCUGGGCCUACGGGCGAGGAUGUAGGGCGAGCGACAUGGACGCGAGCCGGAGGGCCGGGCUGCGGUGGAUCUUGGAGGCGUCGCGGCGGGAGCCCGCGCAGUGGAGGGACUGGCGCGAGGCCGAGGACACGCUUGGGGUGGUGUGCCUGGUGAGGGAUGUCCUGACCAGGGACUGCGUGGGCGGACGAAACAUUUUGUUUGCCGACUCGGUGAGGGUGCUCCGGCGACUCGGUGGGUUGGAUGCCGCCGAGUGGUCCGAGUAA